UGUUGCUUUUUUGUGCAUGUGAGAAUCUACUGUUGAGUUUAUGUAUGUUGGGCUUGUGUUAUAUCAGUCACAGCUAGCUGAAUUUCGGUCGUAUGAAGGCCGGGAUAUGUAUGCUGGAGAGAAAAUUAUUCCCGUCAAGCUUGAUCUUUGUGUAAAUCAUAUGCUGGUGAAGGACCAGUUUCUAUGGGACUUGAACAACUUUGAGAGUGAUCUUGAAGAGUUAGCUAGAAUCUUCUGCAAAGACAUGGGUAUUGAGGAUCCUGAAGUUGGGGUAAGUAUAUCUAACUAUAUCACUAAUAAUAAAUUAUGA